AUGCCAGCCAUCAUCUGCCGCCACCCAGCGUCCCGCACAAUCGACAUUGUAGGAGCGCUUGACACCGAGGCGCCCGAGUUCUUCAUCAUGGAGAACGCCGAUGGCACCUUCGCGCUCUGCUUGGAAGAGAGAAAAAGCUCUACAUCUGCCGCGACCUCCUACCUUGCCAUCCUCCUCCCCAUCGCCAUCCUCCUAGCUUUUGCAUGGGAGUUUGGAAAAGCUGUGGAGAGUCCAGCGUAG